AUGGCAUCUACGAUAUCAUAUACUGGUCAGAACUCUGGAAUCCAAGUGGGGCAGAACAAUGGUCAUAUCACUGCUCAGUUCCUACAAUUGGAAUCAUCAUUAAAUCAAGCGUGCCUGCGGGAUCUGCGAGUAACUAAUCCCCACGACGAUAAAGACCGUAUCAAGAACACCAACGGAGGAUUGCUCAAGGACUCAUACUGCUGGAUUCUAGACAACGAGGAGUAUAAGCAAUGGCAAGCCAAUCAAAGCAGCCGUCUCCUUUGGAUCAGAGGUGAUCCCGGAAAAGGCAAGACAAUGCUUAUGUGCGGUAUCAUUGAGGAGCUGACACGAUCAAUUGGGGCCAUUGUGAAUAUCUCGUUUUUCUUCUGUCAAGCUACCGACGCACGACUCGAUAAUGCCACGGCUGUUCUCCGAGGCUUGAUAUAUUCACUUGUCCAGGAGCAGCCAUCUCUUCUCGCCCAUGUACGGAAUAGAUACGACCAAGCGGGAAAAGCCCUCUUUGAGGAUAUCAACGCAUGGAACGCCCUCUGGAGGAUUUUUACGGAUAUCCUAGGAGACCCAACCUUAAUGGAUACCUACUUAAUGAUCGAUGCGCUGGAUGAAUGUACAGCAGAUCUCCCUGUUCUUCUGGACUUGAUUGUCCAGAUUAUCCAAGAGUCAACCGUCUACCCACACGUGAAGUGGAUUGUCUCGAGCCGUAACUGGCCUGAUAUCGAAGAGCGUCUCGGCACAGCGACCCAGACGGUCCCGAUUUCAUUGGAACUAAAUGAGACAUUUGUCUCCGAAGCAGUGAACAAAUUCAUUUGGCACAAAGCUCACCAUCUAGCGAACGUGAAAAAGCAUGGAGAUGAAGUACGCGAUACGAUAUUACGUCACUUGGCGUCAAAUUCGCAAGGCACCUUCCUAUGGGUAGCCUUGGUCUGCCAAGAGCUUCUUAGAACACCGCGGUGGCAUGCACUUGAAAAGCUAAAAGCUUUGCCUGUUGGACUCAAUGCCCUGUACGUUCGGAUGCUCGAUCAGGUUUGCAAGUCGGAAGAUGCCGAGAUCUGUAAGCAAAUACUGGCCGUUAUGUCAACAGUGUAUCGACCUAUUGCGCUCAAUGAACUUAUCUCCUUGAUUGAGUUACCUGAUAAUAUCACUGGUGAUCCCGAAGCCCUAUCAGCCAUUAUAGAUAUGUGUGGCUCGUUCCUGACUUUGCGCGAAGACACGAUUGUUUUCGUUCACCAGUCUGCACAGGAAUUUUUGCUCAGAGAGGCACGAAAUGAGAUCUUUCCUAGAGGCAAGGAAGCUAGACACUAUGAAAUCUUCUCGCAUUCUCUGAGAACCAUGUCUAGGACGCUUAGAUGCGAUAUAUUUGACCUGAAAUUUCCGGGACUUUCUAUCGAGAAAGUCACGAAACCUUUUCCAGAUCCAUUAGCAGCUGCGCGAUACGCCUGUGUCUAUUGGGUUGACCAUUUUCAGGACAGUGGAGAUGAUAAAUACUGCGAUAUCGGCUGUGAGGGAGGAUGGGUGGAUGCCUUUUUGCAGCAGAAAUAUCUUCACUGGCUCGAAGCCCUUAGCAUCCUGGGAAACAUAUCUCAAGGCAUAUCGGCUUUAUUUAAGCUUGAUGGCUUGCUUCAGAAAAGGAUGAUAGAGAAGGAUUGGAGUUCAUGUCUUCAAACCCUUGAGGGGCAUAACAACGGGGUUUCUUCAAUCGUCUGGUCACAAGAUGGAAGCCUACUCGCAUCAGUGUCACAUGAUAAUACUGUCAGGAUCUGGGAUCCGGUCACUGGUCAGUGCACAUCAGCCCUUGAGGGGCAUAGUCAAUCGAUCAACUCGAUCGCCUGGUCGCCAGAUGGAAGCCGACUCGCAUCAGCGUCCCAUGACAGAACCAUCAAGAUCUGGGAUCCAGCAACCGGCCAGUGCACGUCAACCCUCAAGGGGCACAGCGGCUCAGUUAAUUCAAUUUGCUGGUCACCAGAUAGGAGCCGACUUGCAUCAUCGUCUCUUGAUAACACCGUUAGGAUCUGGGAUCCUGUCACUAGCCAAUGCACAUCAACCCUCGAGGGGCAUAGCGGCUCAGUCAAUUUGAUUGCCUGGUCGCCAGAUAGAAGCCGACUCGCAUCAGCGUCCCAUGACAGAACCAUCAAGAUCUGGGAUCCAGCAACCGGCCAGUGCACAUCAACCCUUGAGGGGCACAGCGAACCAAUUAGCUCAAUUUCUUGGUCGCAAGGUGGAAGCCGACUGGCCUCAGCGUCCCAUGACAAAACCGUCAGGAUCUGGGAUCCAGCCACCGGCCAGUGCGCAUCAACCCUCGAGGGACAUAUUCACCGUAUCACCUCGAUUGCCUGGUCGAAAGAUGGAAGCCGACUCGCAUCAGCUUCCUGGGAUAAUACCGUUAGGGUCUGGGAUCCAGCCACAGGCCAGUACGUGUCAAUCCUCCAAGGGCAUGAUUACUCGAUCAACUCAAUUUCCUGGUCGCUAGUGGAAAGCCGACUGGCCUCUGCGUCAAAUGACAAAACCAUCAGGGUCUGGGAUCCGGCCACUGGCCAGUGUACGUCAAUCCUCAAGGGGCAUAGUAGCUCGGUCAAUUUGAUUGCCUGGUCACCAGAUGGAAGCCGACUUGCCUCAGGGUCCGAUGAUAGCACCAUUAAGAUCUGGGAUCCGACUACUGACAAGUGCGUAUCAAUUCUCAAGGGGCAUAGUGGCUCAGUCAGUUUGAUUGCCUGGUCGCCAGAUAGACGCCGACUCGCAUCAGCAGCGUCUCUUGAUAACACCGUUAGGGUCUGGGAUCCGGUCACUGGUCAGUGCACGUCUACCCUCGAAGGGCAUAGUCGCUCAGUCAAUACGAUUACCUGGUCGCCAGAUGGAAGCCGACUCGCAUCAGCGUCCUUUGAUAAUACUGUUAGGAUCUGGGAUCCGGUCACUGACCAAUGCACGUCAGCCCUUAAGGGGCAUAGAAGCUCAGUCAAUUCGAUUGCCUGGUCGCCAGAUGGAAGCCGACUCGCAUCAGCAUCUCUUGAUAACACCGUGAGGAUCUGGGAUCCGGUCACUAGCCAGUGCAUGUCAACCCUCGAGGGGCAUAGCGACUCGAUUGGCUCGAUUGCCUGGUCACCAGAUGCAAGCCGACUCGCAUCAGCAUCCUUUGAUAGCACCGUCAGAUUCUGGGAUCUAUCCACCGGGCAAUACGUGUCAACCCUUGAGGGGAAUAGUGGCUGGGCCAACUCGAUUGCCUGGUCGCAAGAUGGAAGACGACUCGCAUCAGUGUCCCGGGAUAAGACCGUGAGGAUCUGUGAUCCGGCCACCGGCCAGUACGUGUCAAUCCUCAAAGGGCAUACUGAACCGGUCUUCUCGAUUGCCUGGUCGUCAGAUGGAAGCCGACUCGCAUCCGGGGCCGCUGGUAACACCGUCAAGAUCUGGGAUCUAGUCACCGGCCAGUGCGCUUCAACGCUCUGUAUCAACUCCCCUGGCUUCCUUGAAUUUGAUAAGGACAAUCUCAACCAUAUACACACAUUAUUCGGUACAUUCAACACAUUAUCCACUGGCUCUGUCCCAUCCACUUCUCACUCUUCGCCGUCCUCGCCAGAACAAUAUGGGUAUGGCCUAAAUCAUGACUAUUCCUGGAUAACCUAUAACGGGCUCAACCUCAUGUGGUUGCCUGCUGAAUAUCGACCGGCCCAUCCCUCUCUUUUUGCUAUUUCUGCAACGACUGUGGCGGUCGGCUGUUCAUCAGGUCGUGUCAUAUUUCUUGCGCUCUCGGAGCGCAAUCCUGUCUCGGGUUUUUGA